AUGGCAAUCUCCACUUCCCAUUUUAUGUAUUUUGCUAUUGUCGUUUGUUCAUUAGCUGUAAUCUUGGGUAACAAUAACUCUGUCUCAGCUCAAUGCCAAGGCGAUGUGCAGGGUCUCAUGGAGCAAUGUGCUAGGUAUGUACAAAAAUCUGGCCCAAAGAUUCAACCAUCUGGUGGUUGCUGUGGUGUUGUGAAGAACGUAGAUUUGUCAUGCGUUUGCAACCAUAUCACAGUGGAAGUUGAGAGUGUUAUCAGCAUGGAGAAGGCUGCAUUCAUUGCUGAAGCUUGUGGAAAACCACUCGCCCAUGGAUCCCAAUGUGGAAGCUAUAUUGUGCCAUGA